AUCAACCAAAAGCCUUGAACCUACUCCUACAUUCUUCCUUCACCAUAUGCCACUUCCACAGUUUCACUUGUAAAAUUGUACCUUUCUCUUUAUAUAUAGCCUCUGUUUGCAUGUUCAGUUCCAUUCAAUUUUGUCCCCAGACCUUUUAUUCUCUCUCUGAGCUGCUCUGUCUCAGGAUCAAUUUAUAAUCAGAACACAAGAAAAUGGAAUACUAUAUUGUUGUCAUUAGUCUGUUGUUAACCCUUUCAACUUCAGUAAAUAGCCAGACUAUUGGAUCUCCAAUUCAAUCUCCUGCACCAGCACCAGGUCCACAAUACACAAACCUAACCGAACUACUCUCACUAGCAGGCCCGUUCCACACGUUCCUCGACUACCUCGUAUCCACAAAAGUCAUCGCCACUUUCCAAGAACAAGCCAACAACACAGAAGAAGGAAUCACAUUAUUUGUACCUACAGACUCAGCUUUUUCAAAACUGAAAAAACCGUCUCUUUCAAAUCUCACAGCUGAUCAACUCAAAUCCCUUUGCCUUUUCCAUGCAUUACCACAUUACUAUAGUUUAUCUGAUUUCAAGAACCUUAGUGAAAUUAGCCCUGUUAAUACUUUUGCUGGUGGAGCUUUAUAUUCUUUGAACUUUACUGAUGUGUCCGGGACCGUUCAUCUUACCUCAGGAUGGGCUAAUACUAAAGUUAGUAGCGCGGUUCAUGUUACUUAUCCAGCUGCUGUUUAUCAAGUCGAUAAAGUUUUACUUCCCGAAGCAAUUUUUGGGACCGAUAUACCACCAACACCAGCACCAGCACCAGUAGUAGAUAUUGCCCCGGACGCUGAUAGUCCACCUGGCAAAAAUAUAGCAGCAGCAUCUCCUGAUUCUUCGUCGUUUUCGUCUUCUCAUAGGAUGAUAAGUUGGGGCAUGUUGAAUAAUUUGUUCUUGGCAAUUGCUGGUGGAUUCUUGAUGUUGUUGUAAAAUUUUGUUUAAAUUAUGUUUGCAUCUUGUUCUUAUUGGUUUUGAUGUACACUUGCAUUCUUUUUUGUUAUAUUCUUGUUGAUUGUAUUAUGUGAGGAUGAGAUUUGUCAUUGGACAUUGGUUACAGUUACUAUUUAUAUAUAAAUUGAUUCUUGUU